UUCAUAGUUCCCCAGAUGUGUCACUGCAGGAUUGAAGCCCCAAGAGUCUCUGACACAGGCGUCACCGGGAACCCACUUUCUCUGGGUCGUCUGACAAGAUGUGAGUUGUCACUCCUGUGCCCCCCAGACCCAGCCCAGUGCUCUCUUGGAAGGAAAGAAAAACGUAACCCUGUCCAGGGCUGACUGCAGAAGGGAGUUUUGUUUUUAGUAGCCAACAUCAGGUCAACAGACUUCAUCCCGGGAAGAAACGCUGCUGGAUGGUCGUCAGAGUUCCCAGUGAACAACGCAGAUGGACGCUGCUGCGAGCAUUUUAACCAAAGAGGAAAUUGAGGUAUCACAAAUUUAGUCGAGUUCACAAAGCCAGUUGGAGGCAUCCAGCGCCAGGCUCCAGAAGUUGUUCUGGGCACAGAACUAUUGAUUGUUCACCUCAGGAUCUGACUAGCUGCGGGUCACUGGCUAAGUGGUUCAGGCCGGUUGCUAUAUAAAGGUAGACACGCCCCUUAAAGAUGAUCCCUCCCUCCUGAGAAGCAGGACCACUCAUAUAGGAAGCAGUCUUCCUCAAGGAGAAUAUGAAAGUGCUACUUGGGCUCCUUUGUUUCAUCGCCCCUCUGCUUUCGCUGGAGACCGAUGAAUGUAAAGAAUAUCCGAAUGAGAUAAUUUUAUUCUCAUUUGUAAAUGAAAUUGAUAUUCGUAAUUGUCCUCUUACAACGAAUGAAAAGCAUUUCACCAUAAUCUGGUAUAAAAAUGACAGCAAGACACCCAUAUCAGUGGAACAGAGCUCCAGGAUUCAUCAGCAAAAAGAACGGCUUUGGUUUGUUCCUGUCAAGAUGGAGGACUCUGGACAUUACUAUUGUAUAGCAAGAAACUCGACUCACUGUUUCAAAACUAAAGUAACUGUGAAGGUUUUGGAGAACGAGCCUGGCCUGUGUUACAACACACAAGCCGCCUUCAGGCAGCGCCUCCACAUCGCAGGGGAUGGAAGCCUUGUGUGCCCUUAUUUGGAUUUUUUUAGGGAUGAAAAGAACCAGUUACCUAAAGUCCAGUGGUAUAAGGAUUGCAAACCAUUGCCUCUUGAUGACAAAGACUUCUAUGGAGCCAAAAAUAAGCUGUUGGUGAGAAAUGUCACUGAAGAGCAUGGAGGGAACUAUACUUGCCAUGUGUCCUACACAUUCCUAGGGAAGCAAUAUCCAGUGACCCGAGUAAUAGAAUUUGUCACAAUAGGUGAAGUCAAGAUUGACAGGCCUGUGAUCGUGAGCCCACGGAAUGAGACCCUGGAGGCAGACCCAGGAUCCAGGAUACAACUGAUCUGCAAUGUCACCGGGCAGUAUUCAGAUAUUGUUUACUGGAAGUGGAAUGGGUCACAGAUUGAAGAGGAUGAUCCAUUCCUAGUUGAAGACUACCAAUUUGUGGAACAUCCUUCGGCCAAAAGAAAGUAUAUGCUCAUUACAAUACUUAACAUUUCAGUGGUCCAGAGUCAUUUCUAUCGGUACCCAUUUACCUGUUUCGUCAAGAACUCAAAUAUUAUAGAGUCAGCACAUGUUAAAUUAAUAUAUCCAGUCCCUGAUUUCAAGAAUUACAUCAUUGGGACCUUUGUCAUCUUAACAGCUACAAUCAUAUGCUGCGUUUUCAUCUAUAGAAUCUUCAAAGUUGACAUUGUGCUUUGGUACAGGGAUACUUGCUCUGAUUUUCUCCCCCCAAAAGCUUCAGAUGGAAAGGCCUAUGAUGCGUACAUUCUUUAUCCCAAGACCUUCGGGGAGGGACCAUCGUCAGACUUAGAUACAUUUGUGUUUAAACUGUUGCCUGAGGUCUUGGAGGGGCAGUUUGGAUACAAGCUGUUCAUUUGUGGAAGGGACGACUAUGCCGGGGAAGAUACUAUCGAGGUCACGAAUGAAAACGUAAAGAAAAGCAGAAGGCUGAUUAUCAUUUUAAUGAGAGAUAUGGGCGGCUUCAGCUGGCUGAGUCACUCAUCUGAAGAGCAAAUAGCGAUAUAUAAUGCUCUCAUCCGGGAAGGAAUUAAAGUUGUCCUGCUCGAGUUGGAGAAAAUCCAAGACUAUGAGAAAAUGCCAGAAUCUAUUCAAUUCAUUAAGCGGAAACACGGAGCCAUUUGCUGGUCAGGGGACUUUAAAGAGAGACCUCAGUGUGCAAAGACCAGGUUCUGGAAAAAUGUGAGAUACCACAUGCCUGCCCCAAGGCAAUCACCAUUGUCCACACAUCAUCUACUAACCCAGGAUCCUGUGCUAGACACUAAGGAGAAACUGCGGGCAGAGACUCACUUACCUCUCGGCUAGUGUGGCGGAAGUGGACCAGGAUGCUGAAGCUAGGCUGUGCCUCCCAGUAAUGUGUACUGUCAUAAAACACACCAGUGUAGUCCCUUAUCCCCAGGUCACCUGGAGUUAUAUUGUUCAGGGAGUAGGACUUGGUGACAGUGGUGGGCUAGGACAGUUUGGAGUGAGCGUUUGGGACGCUCCAGGGAAAUGGCUGCUCAGGGAAGCUGCUUGGAUGCCAGCUAACUGUUGAGGCAGUGAACUGGGAGGAUUAAACAUCAGGAGAGGGCCACAUCUGUGGGUGGUUCCAUUAAAGUCUGUGGGACUUUGGUUGUCCAAGGACACUUUGGGGGUGUCAUUGGCAAAGAAGUGGCUUCCCUAAGCCUCAAUGAAGGUGAGAUUUACUGACACCCCACUGUGGAAGGCAUGACUUCCUUGCAUUUUCCAGACACCUCAGCCACCAAAUUUAGUUUUCAAAGACUAACCUUUAUUUUAAAGACCUUGGAAACUGUCACUUCAACAAAGGAAUUCUCUUGGGUUUCCUCCAACUGUUGUUGCUUUGGCUUUCUGCAGAAAAGAGUGGAUUUUAAGCUCAGUGUAGAAGGAAGCCACACACAAGUUUCUUCUGCUCACUUGUCCACCCUGGAAUGACUGUUGCAUCAUCUGUACCCGCCUGCACUUUGCUUAUUGCUUCUCUGGAAAUGCAGGUCUGCAGUGCGCUCUACCCCACUCUGUCACAAGCGCAGCUCCAGCAUGAGCAUCCGCCCUCAUGCACUGGCUUAGCUCACCCCCUGAAGCGACAGCACGUCUACAGGCUCUUCAUGUGCAGGCUAAAGUCUGUAACAUUCCUCCCCAUCGCGUCCCCUGUCCCAGGCCUCUCUUGUCAGCCUGCUCAUCAGCAUCCUGCCCUGUGGCUGCAGCAGAGCCUCGGGAGCCUGCGCUUCUGCUCUCAACACACCUCCCUCUUUGCUGUGCUUCCCACUUCCUGUGACGAGGAUUCGCUCUUUCUUCACCUGACAAGGAAUUUGCUAGAGUCCAAAAUUAUUUCAAUGCUGAAAUCCUCAAGUGCCUAAUCUCUCCUUCCUCUAAGUCUUGGCCACUCAAGCUGCCAGCCCUUCUGUCAUGCCAACCGUGCUGCCUGCUGGUGGUCACUUUAGGAGGUGGUUUCUUCACCAGCAGGAAUCAGUCCACCCCCAGGGAAAGGUAGUGGGUGUGUCUCUGUCCCCCACUGCUUUCUGCAAUGUGAAUACAUGGUAUAUAGAUUGACCAAGACCUUUAUUUUAAAAUGUUCUUGGUUCAUCAUGUUUAAAAUUGCAAUUAUCCUAAUUUUACAUACAGGUCAGGGAAACUGACCUAUUUAACGAAAUUACUCUUUUAACUCUACUGGACCUAGGCCUUGACUUUGAACUUUCUGGUUUCUAUCCCUGUGCUCCAACUUUUUGAUUUCAGAUUCAUCACUGUCCAUUUACCCUUACUCAAUCCUCAUAUAUAGGAAGCAACUGAGUCCAGGAAUGUUUUUACAGAAGGAACAAACACAGUCCUUUUCAGUGUAGGGAUUUAUAAAAGCUAACUUUAGAAUUUCAGCAUGAUGUUUUUAUUUUCCAAUUCCCUAAAGGUCAACAUUUCUUCUCUAACUAAAAAGGAAGGCAAAUUGGUUUUUGUGGUACAGAGGUUUUCUGUUUGCUUUUGACUUGAUGACUGUCUUCAGAAUGAUCCUAAUAGUUCUAGAAGAUUGCAAAGCCGGGUUUGCAUGCCAGGAAGAAACCCACGAUUUUAAGGGCUGUAUGAACAUUGGAUACCCUUCUGUCUUUCACGUUUUGAGUAUCUGCUCUGGAUGAGCACAAAUCUUACUUAAAAGGCAUCUUCUCACCUACAUAGAGGUAGACCAGUCCUACAGCUUGGGAUUUUGACUCCACUUCUCUUUUGUCCUGGAUCCAACCUGAGAGUACUGAGUGGACGGAUCACUGGAUUGCUGGGUCGGAGAAAGGAAGGCUGUCCCAGAUGGCUGAUCCUUACCCAUGAUGCUUUAAAAGUUAAAUUUUGCUGAUAGUUUUUUUUGGCUGUCAUCCAGAAAAUAUAUUGGUAUACGUGUAUAUUAUGAGUGAAUUAGAGCCAGUGGGAAACUUGGCCAGAAAGUUUAAGGAGAGAGCAAUAGCAGAGGACCACAAAUAUUGGGACACCAAGAACUGGGGUGGGUUUGGGAGCAGAGGCAAGGGAUCAGCGUGUGCCAAGAAAGACCCUGAGCUGAAAGGUAGUGCCAUUCCUGGUUCCCAGAGGAGGAUAGAGAGGAUGAAACUUCAUAUCCAGGCAGUGGGGGCUCCCUUUGACUUACCCCUCCUCCCCAGAAGUAUCUGGCUUACGUGUUUCCCCAGUACUCUGACUCCGCUAUGCUUUCUGAUGGUGUUUUUAAAAGGCCGACCAAGAGUUGCAGAAGUUCGCACAUGCAACGAUAUAUUAAUUACCAGUGUUUAAAACUGGUUUAGCAGAAUGUAUCUCUCCUGAGUUUUGCAUUUUACUUAUAGUGAUAGAAAAAGUAUUGAGCCAUUUUAAUGACUUUUUUAUAAAUUAUAUUUAUACCGAUCUAUAAUGAAGGGUGUUUUUUAUUAAAAAAACUUGAUUUUAUAAUUCUCCAGCAGAUGCCAAAUGUUAGUAUCACAAACCACCAAAUGUACAUGCAGUAUAUAUUAUGGAUCAAUAGACUCAACUUGUUUUCCAAUAAAUUGUCAAAUCCUCCAUUGGAUAUCAUUGAAAA